CGUCCUCAGAGGGGUGCGGACUGCGGCAGCCUUAUGGCCAGCGCUCAGUCUACUGAGCCACGCCAGCCAGGGCUCUACUGAGAUUCUGAUGGACUUCUUGGACUAAUCCUAUUGUUUACCUUUUUCUGGUCCCCACCUUGUGUCUGGGGUGGACCAGCGUGACCAGAGGUUUUGCAAGUCCCAGGACGCUGCCUCCCCUCCACGUCCAGAAGUAUCACGUCCUCGACGGCAUGGCCUAAGGAAAUCGCGGAGUUGCCCCCGGGACCACUGCCCGCCACAGCCCACGGGAAAGCCUCAGAAAGCCUGGUGGGGCCAAGGAGGGGAGCGGGGAUCAGAAGUGAGCUGAUACGGCCAGAAACGGAGGCCCAGGGGGACCUGCGCAGAGCCAACACUCGCGUGCAGCCGAGGACAGAGGUUGGGAGGCCCAGGUGGCCCCCGCCAGGGGCUUGGGUUCACUGCCCCUUGCCUCUUCUCGCCUGAGAUCCACCCUCCCGGGGUCCACAAGCCGCGGCCCAGCAAGGGUUAAGGGGGGCGGAGCGUGGGGCGGCCCCGCCUCCGCCGCCACGCUGGGUCCGAGCGCGCACCGAGCGCGGGGGCGGGUCGGAGCGGGCGGCAGCAGAGGGCGCGGUGCGCCGGGCGAGCACGGGGAGCGGCGGUGGUGGCGGCGGCGGCGUGGUCCGCGUGACCCUCCGCCCUCGCCCGUGCGCUCGUGAGUCCGCGCCCGGCCCAGCUGCAGGAUGCGCAUUCUGCCGCCGCCGUCGCCGCUGCUGCUCUUACUGCUUCUGCUGCUGGCCGCCUGCGCGCCGCCCCCCUGCGCCGCGGGCGCCCCGACGCCGCCAGGCUGGGAGCCGGGGGCUGACGCGCCUUGGUGCCCCUACAAGGUGCUGUCUGAGGGCCCGGAGGCGGGCGGCGGGCGCCUGUGCUUCCGCAGCCCCGCGCGCGGCUUCAGCUGCCAGGCGCCCGGCUGCGCAGUGCACGCUUCUGCCGGCCACUUGCUACGCGCCAGCGUCCUGCGCAACCGCAGCGUGCUGCUGCAGUGGCGCCUGCCCCCUGCCCAGGCGCUCCGCGUGCGCGCCUUCGCGCUCAACUGUUCGUGGCGAGGUGCCUACACUCGCUUCCCGUGCGAGCGCGUGCUGCUCGGCGCCUCCUGCCGGGACUACCUGCUGCCCGACGUGCACGACGGCGUGCGCUACCGUUUGUGCCUGCAGCUGCUGCCUCUGCACACCGAGCACGCCGCCGCCGGCCCCCCGGAGCCCUCCGGGCCCACCGAAUGCGUGGAGUUUGCUGCGGAGCCGGCCGGCAUGCGAGAGAUCGUUGUGGCCAUGACGGCGGUGGGCGGCUCCAUCUGCGUCAUGCUCGUGGUCAUCUGCCUGCUCGUGGCCUACAUCACGGAGAACCUCAUGCACCCCGCCUUCGGGCGCCCGGGCCUGCGCCGGCAGCCCUGAAGCUGAAGGUGGCCGCCCGCCGGGGCUCUGUCUACCGACAAAUGCCAGGGAGGCCCAGGCCCACUCUUGCUGCCUGGUUCCUGCUCCCUCGGGAUCGACACGCAGGGCCUGCUGGAGAUGGAGAGGGCACCGGCCCGCCCUCGCCAGGGCCAGGAGUUAUCCAACGACUUUGCCUGCCUGGCAUCUGAUUCCCAGAACCCAGUUUGGAACUGCCCCCUGGGCCUGAGCGGGGGUGCCCGCUGCAUCCAGGACUCUUCCUGCUUCCUAGAAGCCUGUACAGGGGCCCUCAGGACAUGGAACCCCUUCUAGUGAGAGCCGUUAGCACCGCCCCCCCAAUCCCCAUCCCCCGUCCCCCGCAGCUGCAAUCUGUGCCAAGUGGGAAGAACCGACCUGUCCUCAUUGCUUGGUCACUGUGCGCUUUGCUGGCCCAAGGUCCCCUUGGAGCUUGUCUUUCCACCUCACCCCAGUGGGCUUAGGUUAGCUUUGUGCCUUAGUGUCUUGGGCCCACUGCAGAAGCCAGCCAUCUUGUCCCCUGGUGUCCCCGAGAUUGGCGGGCUGUGUGUUGCCCCGACUAGAGUCCUCCUGGGGACCCCCCUUCAAGCUUUGCAGGAGCCUCUGUAAACAGCGUCCCAUAGUGUGUCCCUGCAGGGUGACUGACGAGCUGGGCUCCACGUGCAGUUCAGCAGGCGGGGCCUGGCACCCAGCUGCUCCGGGGGUGAGUGCUCUCCGACCACGGGGAAGCUGGUAGUUCAGGGCUGGGUGCCCUCCCCCCUUUUCACUUUGCAGUGCUGCCCCUGAUGAGGACGUGCUGUGAUGAGUGGGGGCAGGUGGCUAGGAAGAGGGAGCCUGGUGGCAGAGGGCAGCCUUGCCCCGUGGUCUAGAUCCCAGGUUUCAUCCACAGCACAACCGACAACAUCCCCCUUUCCUGCCCUGUGCUGGGGACCGGGAGCCCAGGAUCCGCUGGCAAGGCCACUGCCCACAUACCCACUGUGGACAGAAGGCCAGCCCUGCUCCUCUCCAGGUGGACCUGAGCACCCUGGCUGAGGCUGCUUCCUGUACUGACCACCCGCGACACCCAGGGCUCACUCUCCAUGAGCCAGCCCCUGACUGUGACGGCCCUGGACCUGGCAUUUCUGGAGUCACUGUGGCUAAACCCUGUCACCCUCACCCUAGCUACCACCAGCAACCCUGGGCCCUGGCUGGUACCCUCGCAAUGCCCACUCCCUCCGUCUCCGCUCUGCUCACCCCUGGCGUGGCGCCGCUCACGUGUGAGCCUGGUGCCAGUGUCUACAAUGUCCAUUGUCCUUAGACCAA